ACCCACUACGCUCCUUGAGCUCGACAUGGGCACCGGGCUUCAGGCCUUAAUUCAGCCUUCACCUGCACUCUGCGACCUGCAGCCGCCGCCUCAUGCCAUGAACUGAGGUCGCGCCCGCGACCGUGAAGACUCGUUUCAAUACGUGCAGCAGCCGUCAAUAUGCGCGGAGGGAGUAUGAGUCUGCUGUUUUUUUACAUGAGCAGUCUCUCGACACCCACAUCGCCGCAAAGGUCACCCGCCCGCGCUCGUCAACACUGCACUACGAAGGGCAGCCGCCUGCGCUUCUCCCCACCAACUUCGCCCAUGCUCGUCCACCCGCCUGCACCUAUCCACACCCACUUCGUCGGUGGGGCCACCCACCCGUGGCGGACACCUUGCCCGUGUUCCACCACUCGCGCGCACUCGUCCAUACCCACCUCGCCGCGAACGUCGCCCAACCGCGCUCGUCCACCCUUGCAUUCACCCACCCUUGCGCUCGUCAACCCUCCCGCCCUCGUCCAUCACUUGCAGCUCUCCACACGGACCACACCCAAUGCAUGUCCACCCGCCUGCGCUCGUCAACACCUCGCCGCGAGGGACACUUGCCUGUGCCUUCCCACCCACCUGCGGUUCUCCACAUCCACUUCCUCCCGAAGGCCACCUGUCCGUGUUUGGCCACACGCCCAUGCUUGUCCACGCCCACCUCACUGCGAACAUCGCCCACCCGUGCUCGUCCACCCUUGCCCUUGCAUCAACCCACCCCAGCUCGCCGGCAGCGUCCACACCUCUCCACACCCAACGCUUGUCCACCCGCCCAUGCUUGUCCACCCGCCCACACUCGUCAGCCUGCCUGCGCCCGCCCGCCCGCCUGCACCUCUCGGCACCCACUUCGUCGCAAACGUCACUUGCCCAUGUUCGCCAAUCCGCCCGCGUCCGUCCACUCGCCCGUGUCCGUCCACUCGCCCGCGCCCGUCUAUACCCACUCUGCCGCGAAGCAGACCCGCCCCCGCUUCUACACCCUCCUGCCCCUCUCCGCAGCCACUUCGUCUCGAAAGCCACCCGCGCCCGUCCACCCACCUGAGCUCGUCCACCUGCCCGAGCUCGUCCAUCCCCCGCAUACCUGUUGUGCUAACCAUCGUCUCCCGUCGGGCGUCGCCAGUUUUCGCCCGGGGCCGUCCUCGCCCUCGUCUACCCGCCCCAACUUUAGUCGUCCUCGUCAACGGCGGACUUUCUGUCCGAGGAGCCGGACAUCCACCUGCUUGGCGCGUUCUAUACCUACAACGACUCGGACCUCGGUGUGGCGGAGCGAAAUGUCUUGGUGAAGCCCGGCGCCGAAGGGCAGCUGCUCGGUCUGAACGUCAAGAUGACGCGGUCACCGUCGAUGAUGACGAUGAGCAGCAUGGCUUGUCUAGCCGCAUUGCGUCGCAUCUCAUUCCAACUCUACUGCAUCACGACUCACACGCAUUCACCAUACCCCCUGCGCGCUGAUACCUCUUGACAACAUACAGGACGAUGCUCGUGGCGCCGCCACUGACUUUUUUCCUCAGUAUCCACCUGCUGCUCUCGCUGUCGUCGCACAUGCAUCCUCUCGCUCAGCCUACCCGCGCUCGUCUACCCGCUCGCGCUCGUCACGGUCCACUCCCACUUCGCCACAACGGACAGGAACAUGCGCGCCACCGCGACGCGCAUAUCGCGGAGCUUGUCGACAGGCCGCGACACCUACUCAUAGAGGACCGGAGAGCCACUUGUGAGCAGGAGGUGGACGAAGAGGUGUUAGUGGGCACCGUGUCUCAGUCGGUGGGAUUGCAGUCGG